AAAAGAAAAAGAAAAAGCAAAAGAGAGAUUUUUUACUCACUAUUAGUUGCUAUAGAGAUCUUGCACUUAGAUAUUCUCAGUUUUAUUUCCUGCAAAAACUAGAUUUAGCAGCCCCUUAGUGGCCAUAAUUUCGGUCAGGGUAAAAUGGUUUGUAAGCUGUUAUGGCUUGUUCUUUUAUUUACCAUUGCAACAGUUGGAGAAGCAAAACAAAGUGCUGGUAAAGCAUGCAAUCGCAAUGACCUCAAGGGUCUAAUUAGUUUCAAGGCUGGAAUCCAUGUUGAUACUUCAGGCAGAUUGGCAAAGUGGGUUGGUCGUAGUUGUUGCAAUUGGGAAGGCGUAACUUGCGAUAAUACGACCGGCAGAGUGACAGCAAUCCUUCUUGCAGGAUUCAUUUCCACAGAUGAUUUUAUAUUACAGUCCGAAAUGAAAGGCUGGUUGUCUCCCUCUAUUACACUUCUCAGCUUUCUUGAGGUCAUUGAUCUUGGCGGCCUAAUAAACCUGGCCGGAACUAUUCCACCAGCAAUUGGAUUUCGCCUGCCAAGGCUCCGAAAGCUAUAUUUAUAUGGCAACAAGCUCAGUGGAUCAGUACCACAUAGUAUCGGUAAGCUGUCAAAACUUGAAGAACUUCAUCUGCAUGAGAAUAGAUUCUCUGGUUUUCUCCCUUCAAGCUUAGGCAAUCUUAAGAAUUUGAAUCAACUGCUACUGCAUUCAAAUCGUUUUACUGGUGUUAUACCUGAUUCUCUUACAAACUUGACAAAUCUGAUGCAAUUGGAUCUUCACAGCAAUGCUAUAACAGGUCAAAUACCAGACAGGAUUGGUGAAAUGCAGGCAUUGGAAAAACUUGAUCUUUCCAACAAUCUAUUGAGAGGGAAAAUUCCAAUUUCAUUAACAGGUUUGAAUGCCAUUUCAGAAUUGUACUUGGAUACAAAUUGUCUUGAGGGAGCGAUCCCAUUUCCAUCAAGUUCCGGCCAAAUGUCUUCUCUUGGCUUCCUUAAACUGAAUGAUAACAAUCUAACUGGAACCAUACCUGCGAACUUUGGCUAUCUGGUUUCUCUUCAAAGAGUUUCCCUAGCAAAUAACAAGCUUGCCGGAGUUAUUCCUUCCAGCUUGGGUAAUCUAUCAGCUUUAACAGAGUUGUAUCUAAACGGCAAUCUGCUAUCUGGCCAGAUACCGAAAUCUAUCAGUCUACUCUCUCGUCUAAUACUCUUAAGCAUAUCUCAUAAUUUUAUUCAAGGGCCAUUUCCUUGUGAGUUCUCUUCCCUCCAAAAUCUCCAAACUCUAGAUUUGUCCUUCAACCACUUGGACCUUGUCUCGUUCCCAAAGUGUUUAGCAGAAAUGCCAUCACUUUCCAGGAUAUACUUGGCUGGAUGUGGAAUUCACGGAGAAAUUCCAGCUUUUCUGCAAACAACUCCAAGUCCAAUACAGGAAUUGGACUUGUCAACUAACCAUCUCACUGGAAGCUUGCCACCAUGGCUGGGAAGCCUGACUCAGCUCUACUCUUUGAAUCUCUCAAGAAACUUUCUUGUUUCAAGUAUCCCCGAUUCAGUUACGAACUUGCAGCAUUUGGGUGUGCUAGAUCUGCACUCAAACAAGAUAACUGGGCCCAUAAGUAAAAUUUUUGAGAUAUGUUCCGCAUUUUCUGAUGGCUCAUUGACAUAUAUUGACCUUUCUGAUAACAUAUUCUCGGGUGGAAUUCAACAAAUUGGAGUAGGAGGCCAAGUUGGGAUACAGUAUCUUAACUUGUCACGCAAUAUCCUGGAAGGGGAGGUGCGAACUUCAAUAGGGAGAAUGAAAUCGUUGCAGACUUUGGAUUUAAGUUGCAAUAAGUUCGGUUUCACUUUGCCAGAGGCUUUAGCGAACGUGAGCUCAUUAGAAAGGCUGAAACUGCAAAAAAAUCAUUUCACAGGCAAGAUACCAGUUGGAUUUCUGAAGCUAAGAAAGCUGAAGGAACUAAAUUUAUCGGACAAUCUUCUGGUAGGGGAAAUUCCCAUUGGUAAACCUUUAAGUGAGUUUCCAUGGAGCUCUUUUUCUGGAAACAAAGGUUUAUGUGGGAAGCCCCUCACUCCUUGUAAAGUUCGAGGCUAUAAAUCCUUGAUAAACUUAUAGAGUACUAAUCUGCACAUUUGCUCUGUGAAAUGAAACAAGUUCCAAUUAUUGUAUUUACAGAAAUUUAUGAUUUGCUCUCUA